AUGAACCCUCGGAUUCAAAAUCUAGGUUCCACCUUUUGGUAUCUAGCAAUAGUUGUUUUGUUGUCCAGCAUCAGUGGUACCGUGAUCCUUUCAGUUCUCGGAGAAGAUAAAGAAAUAGACCUGGAACUGCUUUUGGAUCAACCUGAGAUUCAGUUAACUGUGCCUGAAAACUCAACUGUCAUGUGGAAUUUUAAGCUUUCCACCGAUUACAGAAUGAGAGAUCUUUGGCUGAAAAUGGAAAACAGCCCCGGUAGUUUUUUCGACUACACUGACGAUAGCGAUAUCAACACUGUUCUUGAUAAGGUAGAACGAGGCACUCAUGCAUUAAUGAGUUGGACGAAAGAAAUAGAAGCAUCUCUUGGACGUAGAAUCUCACAGGGAAAAUCGUGCAAAUUCCAGAUGUCUAAAAGGAGGUAUUAUCCGUGGCAUUAUACAAUGGCUGUUCGACAAAACCUCCCAAAAACAUUUGUUGAAAAUUUGAAUAAAAAGAUCGUAUGGUUGAGAAAAUCCUAUUUGGUUGCUAUGUGGCUGGACUGGGAAAUAAGGAACUCCACAUUCUGCUUGACGAACGAGUCUUCUGGUGACAAAACCCUCAACUUGAGUGACCUUCAAAAUUUCUUUUACAUUUGGUGUUCUG